AUGAAUCUAUCCCACGACCCUUUUAGUGAGCCCGACGACCCCGUAGACUUAGAGGAAGUCGACUCCCUCGAGGCCAUCGUCAUCAUCGACAAUGAGUUGGAUCCGCUUUCUCCCCCGGCCCCGGACACAGUCCAGAUCUCAGGCAACCUGGGCACAAUAGCCAUGGGCUCGGGGCAUACUCCGACUGAUCGCGGAGAAGCCUAUAAGGAACUCAGGCUGGAAGAUGUCUGCUGCGCCGCACACGGCUUGUCUAUCCUUGUGACUGCUACCAAAGGUGACAAGAAACAUACUGUCCUAUUUGAUGCUGGACCAGAAGAAGAGGCCUGGCAGCGCAACGUGAACCGAUUGCGGGCAGAUAUAUCCUCUGUUGAAGUGAUUCAACUAUCGCACUGGCAUCGAGAUCACUCAGGGGGCAUGCUACGCGCGAUUCGCAUGAUAAAUGAAGCUAAGCAAGCGGAAGGUCGCUCCGAGGAGCUGGUCGUUGAUUUGCACCCAGAUCGACCAUCCUAUCGAGGGUUUGCUCUACCGGAGCACAUCAUCUCGCUUGAAGCCGAUCCUACCUUUGAGGAGAUGGAACACGCAGGUGCUGUGGUUGAUAAACAGAGCGGACCACACACCGUCCUGGAUAACUUCUUCCUCGUCUCUGGAGAAAUCCCACGGGUGACACCAUAUGAGACUGGCCUGAGGAAUGCCGUGCGAUUCGACCCAGAUGAGAAAGAGUGGUUCUCCGAUGAACUGAUCCAAGACGAGCGUUCACUCAUCUGCAAUCUCAAAGGCAAAGGGUUAGUAGUCUUCUCGGCAUGCAGCCAUGCUGGUGUAGUCAACACCACCAAACACGCAAUUCAGCUCACCGGCGGAACAGUACCUGUUCAUGCCGUCGUCGGUGGAUUCCACCUUGCCCAGAGCGACGCAGAUAAGAUUCAAAGUACGGUGGCCGACCUGAAACGACUCGAUCCCGCUGUGCUCAUGCCGGGCCACUGCACUGGCUGGCGAGCCAAGUUCACCAUUGAGAAACACAUGCCGGGUUCACUUGUGCCUUGCACCGUAGGAUCACGGAUCACUUUCUAA